AUGAGUAAUGAAGAUAUUAGAGAAGUGAGGAUUCAUAUAGGAAAUAUAUCUCCUAAGUUGGCCGAAAAACAGCUGUCUUUAGAGACUAGAUUGAGUAAAUUUGGAAAAAUUGUCAAGCCAUUAGAAUUACAUACAAAACCGAUUCAAGACUAUUAUUUUGGAUUUAUAACAUUGGAGAUAAGUAAUGCAAAUUUUGAAAAGUUGAAAAAUGCAUUUCAUGGGAUUCUUUUCAUGGGAAUGAAAUUAACUGUAGGAAUUGCCAAACAAAAUUUUCCGGAAGCAUGGACACAAGAUUCUAAAAGACCAGACUUAUUGAAGCUCGACAGAAUAAAAAGAGACCUGAUUCAAAGAGCUAGGACCCAGAGAAUAAACGAAGCAAACACUCCGUAUUUUGUAAAUAAUAUUGAUGGCAGCCUAGUCUCAGGGUCGUUAAAUAUCGGUGCAAAUACGGCCUUGGGGUACUCGAAGUCAAGCCAUACAUUUAACAAUAUGUCAGGAAAUACCAAGCAGACUCAACCAACUCAAUCUUUGAUUGGCACGAAGUCUUAUAGUACAAAUACUACACUGACCAAUGUUGCGUGCCAAUCUAUAUCUAGGACUUCAGGAAAUGGUGAGAUCAUUAAAGGUAGACAUAGAAUCACCAAGAGACCACAUCUUCAUUUUGCGAAGGGCCAUCAGACAUUGCGGAUAUUGAUUAAUGGCGAAUUAAAACAAAUACAAGCCUACAAGACGAAGUUAUGGGGAAUGGAAAAACAUAAGACUGCUAGAGAUUUGACCUGGAAAUAUCAUAAUGGUACUUGGAGAAGUGGUGAUGAUCACAUAAUUGAGAAAAAUACCACAGUGAAAAUCAGAGACCCAAUAAUUGGAGGGCCACAGCCUGUAGAAUGCGGGAUUGAUGGAGAAAAGGCUGAGAAUUACGGAGCUGACAUCGAAGUAGAUUCUGAAGAGGACGAAUUAAAGGAGGAAAGAAACAAGAAUAGUGCAGUCUUAGCUUCUUUGUUCACAAAUUAUGACUUUGAUAAACCUAUGGAUUUAAGCGAUGUCGAUGAUAAUGGAAUUGAUGAAAAAGAUAUUGUUUAUGACAGUAAGGGCCGCCGUAAAGUCAACAGAUACGAUUAUGAAAUUGAGGGUAAGCAAGACGAUGAUGAAGCGGAUGAGUCUAAAUAUAAUAUCGAUUCUAACAAGGCCCAAGAAAUAAUCAACUCUUUUAAAUUGCUGUCAGAAAGACCUAAGGAAGAGGUUUAUUACGACGAAGACGACGAAGGAAAUGAGUUAGACUUAGAUGAUUUGGGUAAACAAUACACGACGGAAGCAAUCAAUGAAAAAUACGACGAAGACCAUGGAUUCGAAGUUGUGAAGGAUAAUAAUGAAUUUCCAAACAAUGUACAUACUGAAGAUUCAGAUGAACAAAUGGAUGAAUCAAACGAAACAGAAGAAGUAGAAGAUGCAGAAGAUGCAGAAGAAAAAGCAGAAGAAGAAGAAGAAGAAGAAGAAGAAGAAGAAGAAGAAGAAGAGUUCAUUCCUACUUUUGGCAACAAUAAGGAAGGUCAAGUCAAUAAUACUGAUACUUUGAGGACCUUAUUUAACCCUAAUCAAGUAAUCUCAGAGCCACAAGAAUCUCUGUUCAAAUUGGCUCUUUCCGAAGACGACGAAGAUGUUGAUGAUGAAAAGGUAGUAGAUAUAUCUCAACAAAAGGAAUUAUUAGAUAAAAUAAAAUCUAAGCAGCAACAAGAGGCCGAGGAAAUCUUAACUUCGAAGGCCAAAAAGUACGGGUUGUUUUGGUCCCAUUCAGACUCUCCUUUCUUACAAUCUCAAUCACAAUUGAAUAAGGUUAGUGGUUCUAAUGAUCUAAUUAAGUUGCCUGGUGAAGCUGAUACACUCGUCGAUAAUGCAGAGGGUGAAUCACCUUAUGAACAAUGGUUCUGGAAGAUGAGAGGUGAGUUCUCUCGUGAAUGCAAGAGACGUAAGAGAGAUGUUUUAAGAAUGUUUAAGAAGAAGACCAAUAAAAACCCAGUUAUAUAG